GUCCCUUCGCUUCUCACUCCACUAUAAGAAGCGUAGGUUUCUCUCCGGUUCUAUAGCUUUGUAUAUAUCGAUUUCUAUAUAUAUAUAUAUAAAUUAUUAAGCAGUGAGAACGGACGGUGGAGAUCAUCGGAACGACCUUCGUUAGACGUCGUGUGUUUUCUGGCGCCAGGGGUCAUUGGAGACUGAAGAUUGAGAUGGCUGCUACUGCAACUGCAUCUUCUGCUGGUCCACGUUAUGCACCAGAGGACCCCACCCUUCCCAAACCUUGGAAAGGUCUAGUUGAUGGUAAGACUGGAUAUCUCUAUUUCUGGAAUCCAGAGACCAACGUUACCCAAUACGAGAGGCCUGUUGCUACUUUCCAUGGGGUUACGACUGCACAACAUAAAUCGUCUGUAUCUGUAAGUUCAUCAGUUCAGAGGCCUUCUCAAAGUCAACGUCCUGACCGUGAUGAUGACAAUGAAUACAACAGAGGUCCCAAUGGUGGCUUGAGCAAGCUUUCCUCUGGAGAGGGUAUUCAGACUGCAAGAGGGAGUGAGCCUUCCCCCGACGUAACAUCUGCUCCUAAAGGUUAUAGUGCUCCAGCUGCUGCAAGUGACAUAUCUCCAGAUGCCUAUCGCCGUCAGCAUGAAAUUUCUGUUGCAGGAGGUGAUGUGCCGCCACCUUUCACGUCAUUCGAAGCGGCUGGGCUUCCUCCGGAGAUUUUGAGGGAGAUUCGUCAAGCUGGGUUUCCUGCUCCUUCCCCAAUACAGGCACAAUCCUGGCCCAUUGCACUUCAGGGCCGCGACAUAGUAGCUGUUGCAAAGACUGGCUCUGGGAAAACUUUGGGUUUCUUGCUUCCUGGCUUUAUUCUUCUAAAGCGACGUCGGAGUACUCCUCAACCAGGCGCAGGCCCUACUAUUUUGGUUCUGUCGCCAACAAGAGAGUUAGCCACACAGAUACAAGACGAAGCUGAGAAGUUUGGUAGAUCUUCAAAGAUAUCUUGCACGUGUCUAUAUGGAGGCGCCCCAAAAGGCCCUCAGCUACGAGAUCUGGACAGGGGAGUAGAUAUUGUUGUUGCUACCCCUGGUCGUUUGAAUGAUAUUUUGGAGAUGAGAAGAAUUAGGCUGGAUCAAAUUUCUUACUUGGUGUUAGACGAAGCGGAUCGUAUGCUGGACAUGGGAUUUGAACCUCAGAUAAGGAAGAUUGUGAAGGAGGUGCCUACUCGGCGGCAGACACUGAUGUAUACAGCAACAUGGCCAAAGGAGGUUCGUAAGAUUGCAGCUGAUCUAUUGGUUAAUCCAGUUCAGGUUAACAUUGGAAAUGUUGAUGAGCUUGUCGCGAACAAGUCUAUAACUCAGUACAUUGAAGUCUUGUCAUAUAUGGAGAAACAAAAGCGGCUAGACCAGAUCUUGAGAUCCCAGGAGCCUGGAUCAAAAAUCAUUAUCUUCUGUUCAACAAAGAAAAUGUGCGACCGACUUGCUAGCAAUCUUACACGCCCAUUUGGAGCUGCUGCAAUUCAUGGUGACAAAUCUCAGGGUGAGAGGGAUCAUGUAUUGAGCCAGUUCCGCACUGGUAGGUCCCCCGUUCUUGUUGCCACUGAUGUUGCUGCUCGGGGCUUGGAUGUCAAAGAUAUCAGGGUGGUGGUCAACUUUGACUUUCCUACUGGAAUAGAGGAUUAUGUUCACAGAAUUGGAAGAACUGGUCGGGCUGGUGCGACUGGUGAGGCCUACACAUUUUUUUGUGACCAGGAUGCUAAACAUGCUUCAGAUCUCAUUAAAGUUUUAGAAGGUGCAAAUCAGAAAGUGCCUACUGAACUACGUGAUAUGGCUUCUCGAGGUGGUGGUAUGGGAAGGCCUAAGCGUCAAUGGGAUUCUGGCCCAGGUGGACGUGAAGGAGGACGUGGGGGACGUUAUGAUGGCGGCUAUGGUGGACGUGAAAGUGGACAUAGGGGACGUUAUGAUGGCGGCUAUGGUGGACGAGAUGGAGGAAGGGGUGGUUGGGAAGCCCCAUCAUCGGAAAAAAGUGGACGUGGUUAUGACUCGGAUUCACGUGACAGUGAUAGAUAUGAUCAUGGCUCUCAUGGUACCGAUGCUCCAGCUAGCUUCCACGCUCGUAGCUUCCAUGAAACUAUGAUGCAGGCUUCACAGAGACGUGGUCGAAGUCCGAGCAGAAGCCCAAAAAGAGGUUCGGGAUGGGGUGAUAGUAAAAGUAGGGAGCGCAGUCGCAGCCGUAGUGCUGAAAGAUCUGAUCGGUCUCCUCCUCGUCGAGGCCCAGUUGGGCGCAGUUUUCACGAAAGCAUGAUGGGGCACGGUGGAUCAUCCCCAGUGGCCUCAAAACACCUAUCUCCUUCAGCCUGUGAUUCCAGAGAAAAAGUUGGAGGGUCAUAUGAUGAUAGCCAAAAGGGCUGGGAAAGAGAAAGAUCUCCAGCUAGAUCGGAAGGUAAUGGAAAAUUUGGCGAUGGACCUCGUGCUGACAAUGGAGAGGGGGAAGAAGGUGUGAUUCGCGAAGAAGACAAAACAAGGGCCUAACUUGGCAUGCCGUAUAUUCUGUGUUGUUUUCUGAUGUGUUGUAGCUACCCCGUAGGAAUUGCUGGAAAGAAAAGGACCCCCGUUUUGUUUGGUUUAACCAUCACCGGUACAUUUUUUGGUAAACAACGUUUUCCGAUAGAAGCUUUUAGCGUAUUUUGGAAGUAGAUAGCUGAAAGUUUGAAAGUGGAUAGUUUUAGACUGAUGUAAAUGUAUACAGUUUGACAUCAAACUUGGUUUUAAUGGUACUUAAACCAAUCAUGCAGUGCUAUGGAAAGCCAACUU